AUGUCUCUCUUCAAGCGCACGUUUAGGUCGCAAGACCCCAACGUCCGCGUGGACAAGUCGUCGAGGCUGAAGAAGUCGAGCUCGAUCCGGGACAACCAGAAGGUGUCGAAGAUGCAGCGCUCCGUGGCCGAUGACCAGCCCGCCCCCAUGGCCCCGCCCGUCGCCGCCGCCCCCCGCGGUGGCCCCGUGCCGACGCCGGCCAAGGCCUCCGGCGGUGGAAAGUCUGCCGUCGCCCCCUCGCCCAUCGUCACCCUGACGGUCGGUCGCGAGGGUCGCUUGUUCGCCGCCCACGAGGACGUCCUCUUCCAGUCGCCCUUUUUCGAGGCCGCCUGCCGAGGUCAGUUCUUCGAGGCCCAGAGCAAGCGGAUCGCUCUCCCCGACGAAGAACCCGAGGUCUUCUCCGCCAUCCUCGAGUAUCUCUACAAGGGUGACUACUACCCACGCCUGAUGCACAACAGGCACCGCAACUCUUGGGAGCUUGAGGAUGCCGUCAGAGGAUCCCCCCAAACCUCCCCCAACCCUGAUAACCACCACAGCCACCACCACAGAGGUGGCCGCGCAGCCCCCCCUGCCCCGGGCGCCUACCCGCCCACGCCCAACUCGGCGCACACCACGACAAGCAACACCACCGCCGGCUCCGGCGCCCCCGGCAGCGACGCGACCAUCUACAUCGCGGCCUGCGGGCAGCACAUCCUCCGCGACACCGUCAUCUACUGUGCAGCGGAGCGGUACGGGCUCGAGGAGCUCAAGCGCCUGGCCCUGCGCAAGCAGGGUCUGCAGUCCGGCGUCGACGUCGGCACCAUCCUGCGCUCCGCCCAGUACGCCUACGCCCACACCCCCGACUCGGACUCGCGUCUGCGCGCUCACUACCUCGCCUUGAUCAUCAGGUGUCGCAAGACAUUCAAGAGGAGCGGUACCAUGCAGACUGAGAUGGAGCGCGGCGGCAGCAAGCUCUUCUUCGACCUGUUCGUGGCCAUGUGCAACCACCUCGACGACGUCAUCGACCACACCAACGCACGCACCCCCAAGACCGUCUAA